AAAUACCACUUGAGAUUAAACUAUUACACUUAAGUUUAUUAAAAACAAAGCAGUACAAGUGGUUAAAUAAAAAUAUUUUUUACGACGACGUAGACGAAAUAUUUGACAGAACAAUGGGAUUGUUACUCUUAAUUAUCAUUCUCCAAACUUACUCCAUAGAAGAAUCUGGCAGUUUUUACUCACAAGCUGGCAAGGUAAAUUAUAACAAUUAUGCUCCAGAUUGGGUUUAUCUCGAUGCCCGUCCGGCGCCCAAGUGGUAUGAUUCAGGAAAAAUUGGCAUUUUUGUGCAUUGGGGACCGUAUGCUGUGCCAUGUUAUUCGUCCGAAUGGUUCUGGUUUGAAUUGGAGAAUGGUGACGAAAAGGUGAAGAAUUUUAUGGCUGCCAAUAAAUACGAUUCGUAUCUAGAAUUCCCAUCGAUGUUUACAGCCGAACUCUUUGAACCUGACAAAUGGGCGAAACUAUUUGCUGAUGCUGGAGCGAGAUACGUUGUUUUCACUUCCAAGCACCACGACGGCUUUGCCCUGUUUCCAUCAGGGCGAUCGAAUUGGAAUUCAGUGGACGUAGGACCAAAAAGAGACAUUGUUGGUGCUCUUUCUGAGUCAAUAAGAAAACACAACAUGAAAUUUGGCCUUUAUUACUCUCUAUAUGAAUGGUUUAAUAAACUCUAUAGAGAUGAUAGAAAAAGAGAUUAUACCACAACUAAUUAUACGGACACAAUAGUUUGGCCAGACAUUAAAUAUUUAAUCAAUGAAUAUAAACCAUCCGUGUUAUGGUCCGAUGGUGACAGGGAAGCAAGCUGUACUUAUUGGAAAUCGCGUGAAAUGUUGGCCUGGAUUUACAAUGAGAGCCCUGUCAGAGACGAAAUAGUAGUCAAUGAUAGGUGGGGUCACGACAGCUGGUGUAAACAUGGAGACUUCUAUAAUUGCGAUGAUGGCUUCAAUCCUGGUAAGGAUACUUGAUGCCACAUAAAUGGGAGGAUGCUUUUAAACUCGAU